UAUAUUCUCUAAAAAAAUCAAUCACUCUCUCGUGUUAUCAGAUCAAAUUCAUCAUGCAAAUCUUUGUGAAAACCCUGACCGGCAAAACCAUAACCCUAGAGGUUGAAUCCUCCGACACCAUCGACAACGUCAAAGCCAAAAUCCAAGACAUGGAAGGCAUUCCGCCAGACCAGAAGCGUCUCAUCUUCGCCGAUAAACAACUAGAAGACGGCCGAACCCUCGCCGACUACAACAUCCAGAAAGAAUCCACACUCCACCUCGUUCUCCGUCUCCGCGGCGGCAUGCAAAUCUUCGUCAAAACCCUAACCGCCAAAACCAUCACACUCGAGGUUGAAUCCUCUGACACAAUCGACAACGUGAAGACGAAGAUCCAGGAUAAGAAAGGAAUUCCUCCAGAUCAGCAGCGAUUGAUCUUUGUAGGGAAGCAACUGGAGGACGGGAGAACUCUUGCGGAUUAUAAUAUCCAGAAAGAGUCUACUCUGCAUUUGGUUCUUCGUCUGCGUGGUGGAAUGCAGAUAUUUGUGAAGACAUUGACGGGGAAGACGAUUACUUUGGAGGUGGAGAGUUCGGAUACAAUUGAUAAUGUGAAGGCGAAGAUUCAGGAUAAGGAAGGGAUUCCACUUGAUCAACAGCGUCUUAUCUUUGCUGGUAAACAACUUGAAGAUGGACGGACUCUUGCUGAUUAUAAUAUUCAGAAGGAGUCUACACUUCACCUUGUUCUUAGGCUCCGUGGUGGUUGUGAUGUAUUGUCAGUUAGGAGGCCUGUCCAGUUGUAUAUGUCUCUGGUGAAGAAGUUUGCUCUCACUCCCUGCGUCGCCGAUAAUUUUCGCGCUCUAGCGGAGAUCAAAGAACAACCUGUGCUGAUUAGUGAGCCUGGUGUUGGGAAGACUGAAAUUUCUGAAGGGCUCAUCUUCGCCGGUAAACAAUUAGAAGACGGCCGAACCCUCGCCGACUACAACAUCCAGAAAGAAUCCACACUCCACCUCGUUCUCCGUUUCCGCGGCGGCAUGCAAAUCUUCGUCAAAACCCUAACCGGAAAAACCAUCACUCUCGAGGUUGAAUCCUCCGACACAAUCGACAAUGUCAAAGCCAAGAUUCAAGACAAGGAAGGAAUUCCUCCGGAUCAACAGCGACUGAUCUUCGCCGGAAAGCAGUUGGAAGACGGGAGAACUCUGGCGGAUUAUAACAUCCAGAAAGAGUCUACGCUCCAUUUGGUGCUUCGUCUGCGUGGUGGAAUGCAGAUAUUUGUGAAGACGUUGACGGGGAAGACGAUUACUUUGGAGGUGGAGAGUUCUGAUACGAUUGAUAAUGUGAAAGCGAAGAUUCAGGAUAAGGAAGGGAUUCCACCUGAUCAGCAGCGUCUUAUCUUUGCUGGUAAACAACUUGAAGAUGGACGGACGGACUCUUGCUGAUUAUAAUAUUCAGAA